UGGCCAUCAGAGCUUAGUCACUCCUGUCUCUCAUUGUCAUCGGUGCGGUUGUCGUCGGAACGGAUUCUCGUUUUCGGACGGCCAAUUCUCAGUUCGUCCAAAAAGUUGGACAACGUUGAGAUUUCGAUGUUUCAGGUUAUUUUUUGAACAAGAAUUCGUCGUUCGGUCGUUUGUGGGUGGAGUCGGUUUUGAUUAAAAUAUCGUUCCUUGUUCAUGUUAGAAGAUGUAAUCGUCUGGUACCAGAAGCAGGAAUAAAAUGAGAUAACUUCGCGAGUGCAUUAUUGAUGAGUGGAAAAUUGUGUCCUCCCAUUUGGUGUACUUCCUGUGUGAAGUGAUUCUGUUCCUUCUGAAAGCUGAAACAAAGAAGCGAAAAGAAGUGUUCUCCGUUCGACAACAGCCAACCCGUGGGCGACCUGCCAAGCUUCGACAAGUGCAAGAAGAAAGUUGGCAAACAGUCAAUCGAUUUUGUAGGAAAAAAAAACCCUUCGUUGAUAAAGCACGACAUCCAUCAGUGAGAUAUCAGGCAAAUAGUGACCCAGGCGAAUGGUGAUUCAAUUAUUCAAGCUGUUUGAAACGAGCUCUUCGCGAGUGGUGCAAAUCUAACAAACAGAUAUAGGAUACAGGAAGCUGUAAAGCCAGCUUUCGCCUAUAAAAGUUCGGACGCGACGAUACUCUCCGAUUCGGGGGAACAAAAGGAACAGGACACAGGAUGGCUUUGGAUUUUGCAGCCACAUACAAGGUGCUGGUGCUAGGCGACUCUAAUGUGGGAAAAACGUGCAUCGUGCAUCGAUACUGCGAUGAAAGAUAUUACGAUACGUACAUUUCCACAAUAGGCAUCGACUUCAAGCAGAAGCUCAUCAACCUAGACGGAGUGCCAAUCAAGCUGCAAAUUUGGGAUACCGCAGGCCAGGAGCGGUUCCGAACGCUGACCACUGCCUACUACCGGGGAGCGAUGGGCAUUCUGCUAAUGUACGACGUCACCAGUUUGGAGUCCUUCAACAACUUGUCCUACUGGCUGCGCAAUAUUCAGGAGAACGCAUCACCGGACGUGGUAAAGGUGCUGGCGGGUAACAAGUGCGAAUGCAACCCACCGCAACGGGCCGUGGAUAAGGAUCGAGGAGACAAGAUCGCUGAAAACUUCGACAUGCCCUUCUUCGAAGUAUCUUGCAAGCAGAACAUCAACAUUGAGGAGGCAUUUCUGACACUGGCCCGCAAAAUCCGCGAACAACGAGAGCACAGGGGUGAAAACUUCGACGAUGGUGAUCGCCAGAAAGGCCUCCAGGACAUGAUCAAGAACGGUCCCGGUUCCAAUGGGUUGGGCCCGUUCACGUUGGGCAAUGGUGGAGAGGGCGGUCGAUGUUCCUGCUAAAGAUUUUGCUCCUCUCGCUUAACCCUUCUGAUCCUAGGAUAAAUGCUGAUUGUUGUUGCCUACUAAGAGGUGUAACGCAGCGAUAAAAAAAGACUCGAAUUUUACCAAGAUUGGUGGAAGCUUAUGUUAAUCUGUAUGAUUGGGCCAAUGGAGGCUAAUCCCACUACACCUAAAUAAAUUUUCAACGUUAUGUUUUACUCAGAUUCCGCCUGGGGGAUUAAGUGAACAUGAACAAGUGCACAAAUUUACAGAUGCGGAACAAGUAUUUUUUUAUAACGAUGGAAUGAUUGUAUGGGGGAUGAUGAUGUAAGCAGUGGAAGAUAAAUUGUGGGGAAUGAGGUAUUACGUAAACGAUACUCAUAUCACUUUAAGUAGCAUGAAUACAAUAAUGAUGAACCCGUUGAGGGAAAUACAGAAUAAUCCAAUUUUAUAUGUUUAGUAUGUUCUCAUUUGGAACUAGAUGUAUUUGUUGUGUUCAAAAACAUAAACUUAUCGCCAUGUAUCGGAGCAGGAUCUCAAAUUUAAUUUUUGAUAUACAUCCAUAACAAACUAUUUGAAUUGCAUUGCAAAUCGUUUCCGUAAUGAGCUAACCUAACAACAGCACUAGACAUGAUCAGGACGAGAAAAAAAACGAUCAACGUCUUUCAGAGCAGCCAUAUUUGCUGGCUUGUUGAUUUCAUAUGUGAAUAUAGAAAAGCCUUGUUCAGAACAUUGUAAACGAAUUAUGCAAGCAUUGCUACU